AUGUUGAUAGAUGGAGAGCUCGUUGAAGCCUCGGAUGGCAAGACAUUUUCUGUUUACAAUCCCGCCACUAGAGAAGUGUCAGGAGAAGUUCCUGAAGCUACCGCAGAUGACACCAAUAGAGCGGUGGCUGCAGCCAAAGCAGCCUUCCCCGCUUGGUCAGCGCUGGGUCCAGCAAAACGUGCUGUUUACCUAAAGAAGCUCGCCGCUCUUAUCCGGGAGCACAGAGAUGAAAUUGCCAAGCUGGACGCUGUGGCGAUGGGGAUGCCCGUUUCUACCCACUUCUUCGCCGAAUCCGCAGCCGGGCAAUAUGACCACUACGCCGAGGCCUGGCCCCAUAUUCAGGGCCAGGCCAGUGUCAACACCCCUGGUCAUGUCACCAUGACGCUUCGCCAGCCAUUCGGGGUGGUAGCUCUCAUCAUUCCGUGGAAUGUGCCAGUGCACUUUUUUGCGUCCAAGUCAGCGCCAGCGCUGAUAACGGGAAACACUAUUGUUCUCAAAACUUCGGAGAAGGCGCCUCUGGCAGUUGCUCGAAUCGCCAAGCUCGUCAAAGAAGCAGGCUUCCCGCCGGGGGUCUUCAAUGUUCUCUCCGGUCAUGGCAUCCCCUCUGGUCAGAUCCUGUCCCGCCACAUGGACGUCAGGGCACUGAGCUUUACAGGCUCGAGCCGUACGGGAAAGCUCAUCCAGGAGGAGGCGGCGCGAACAAAUCUCAAGAAGGUCAUUCUCGAGCUUGGAGGCAAGUCACCCGCCAUCAUCUUCGACGACGCAAACCUCGAGAAGGCGGUUGCCCAGACCCGCUGGAGCAUGCAGUUCAACUCUGGGCAGGUUUGCAUGGCCAAUUCCCGCAUCUACGUACAGUCAACCAUCGCCGAGAAAUUCGUCGAGCAGUUCAAAGUUAGCUACAGCUCGAGCGUCAAGUCAGGCAACCCUUUGGACAAAGAGACGAAUCAUGGCCCCCAGGCAGAUGAGCUUCAGUACAAGCAUGUGCUUUCUUACAUCAACUCGGCGAAAGACUCGGGCGCCACUCUCGCUCUUGGGGGGUCUGGAAAGUUGGAGACCUCGAAUGGAUACUUUAUCGAACCGACCAUCUUCCUGAAUACCCCAGAGGAGGCUAAAAUAACCAAGGAAGAGGUGUUUGGGCCAGUGGUUAUCAUCAACACCUUUGAGACCGAGAAGGAGGCCAUUGCCAAGGCGAAUGAUACCGAGUUUGGGUUGUAUGCCUCGGUCUUCACCAAGGACAUCAGCAGAGCCAUGAGAGUCGUACAAGCGCUGGAGAGCGGAUAUGUGGGCAUCAACACCACCAGCCCGAAUACUGCAUAUGACCUACCUUUUGGUGGGUACAAGGGAAGUGGACAGGGGCGCGAGGGUGCAUUGUGCAGCAUGGACAACUUUCUGGAGGUGAAGAGCGUUAUCAUGGCCUUGGAAGAAGAGUGA